AAAAUAAGAAAAAAAAAAAAAAAAGGAUUACACCAUCAUUGGGUCAAGGCAUAUUUUUUUUUUAUAUCAUACACACGUGAUUUAUGCGCGUUUGACUCUUACCUUUUUUAAUCACACUUGUAAAAUAGUGGCUUAUUUAUGCUGCCUGGUCAUACACUCUACAUCAAGUCAUUGUACAAGAGGAUCUUGGUCGAAGCCUCUUAUUUCUUUGAUGAUAGAACAAGAUUGUUUAUUCAAACAAGAACAAAAAAGUCAUUUCGAAACUAUAGAGAUUGUCAAGAUCUAGAGAGAAUCAAAUACAAGAUCAAGGAAGCAAGAAAACGUCUUCAUCGACUUGAAAGAGCCAACAGAGGCAAUCAAAAAGAUGCCCUCAAAGUCCUUGAAGAAGCCUAUGGUCGAACAGGCAAGACACGGCAUGCACUUCUCUAUCCUUAUUUACACUGUUAUGGACCGUUGGAUGGUGCUCAACCCACACCACUUGUACCCCAUGUGCCUCGUACUGCCCCACCACCACCCCUCUGUCCUGCUUUACGUGUCUUGGUCACGCACCAUUUGAAUAAGCGACUUGAACCCAUCUUGCCUGAGCCUCAAUUCAAGCCACUGCAUCCAGGCAGAAAAGCCAAUUUACUCUGGCGAUAUCGGUCCAUGCUAUUAAGUCGCAUUCAACUUCCUUUACCGUUUGAGAUCUUGGUGGAAAUCGAGUCUAAGGCAGGUGCUUCUGUCACACAUCCCUUAGCAGCUGCUGUUCGUGGGACAGGUGGACCUAUCUGGGCAUUCUAUCAAUGCCUCAAGCAUGAUAUGGUCAUGUCUCAUUUAGAUCCUCAUGUCAAGUUACCACCACCACUUUCUUCUCAACUCAGACGUACUCAACCAUUAACAAGUUCUCCUUAUUCAACACAUACACCCUUGCUUAUUGAACCCAUGGAGCCCUUGUUAAAAGAACCUGUUGAGUAUGAUGCAAGAAAAAGAAAAAGACUCUAUCGAAAACUAUUGCGUCAAAUACCUCUGAUCACAAAAUUUGAGCCAAAUGAACUAUGGAAACAAGGCAUGCAGUACCAAGUCUCUGCUUCUUUUUGGGUACCAAAAGCAGUGAAUGAAAUAUUAAAAGACAUUCCAACCCAACAAGUGAUAGACAGUACCAUUAAAAAGAAAAGAAAAUAAAGUAGCAAAUAUCCUAUA